AUGACAUGCAUUAACGGCAAUGUUAACAAACACUCUCAGCUGAAUCCAGCUGCAAAGGUAUUCGUCUACAAAGCGCGUCAUAUAGCUAUUGAGGACACUUCGAAUAGCGAAUCGGCACAUUGCUCUAGCAGGCGAAUCAGUAACAGAAGCGAACGUAUGGACAACACAGAGGUGCAGAAUGAGCAGCCAAACCAGAAUCUUCCCUGGGAUAUUGGCGGCUAUGGCGGUCUACAAGAACAGCACCCAAUUGGCUUUGGGCUUUGGGUGCCUUACAUCUCCCACAUGGUCGCUUGGCCCCCGGCGAUGCAUGUCAAUCCAACGGCCCAGCAGUGGCUUUUGCCAUCACAGGCAUUCCAUGGUACUCCAAAUCCCGUGCAACAGCCGGCAGGAAGUUGGCAACUGCCAGCAGUUGUGCCUAUAAGCUAUGGGUAUGCACAGACCCCGAAUAACGACAUUCAGAGCACAUCCGAAAUCAGUUGGCAAAGUGAGAAAAAGGGCAACCAGAACAGGAGUUACGGCAGUGGUGGUUUCUGUGAAGGAGUGCAGGACCAACAACCUAGGCAAUACGGGCCGGGAGCAAGACGUGGACGACAGGCAAACCACAAUAGGAGGAACUUCCACAGAUCGCAAAGCCAGCCUAUCCACAAGGUCAACUCGAUGCCGCCCUGGAUGUCACGCCAAGGGGCACACAUCAAGAAAGACAUGAAACCAAGGGCUGGAAACAUGCAACGUCCAAUGCAGCAUUCCAUGUCACAUUCUGGACAAAAAUGCGACACCUCUGCCGUGCCCAACAAGUGCGACCGGGCCCUUGACUGGCGUGCAAACCAGCUUUUUAGAAUUAUGGUCGAGCAGAAGGACCCGCUGACGUACGCACAGAUCGUCCAACUCCUGGCCACACGUCUUCAGCGCACCGAACAAGAGAUCAAACGUUACGCACCCUCGAUGCUCUACGAAGCGGUAGCUUGUGGCUUUUUGAAGAAGAGAAGCAACCGAUUCAUGAUAUUGAGCCACACCGAGCGGAGGCAACUCAUGAGGAUGCAACAGAGGCGGGCCGAGCGGUUGCAGAACGUCGACCGAUCAAUAUUUCCAUCAGCCCGAUAAUCUAUUCGUCUUAUUCGCGUCAUCCACUCUUUCGCUGCAUAACAUAAGAAAAGGUCUUUAAUACAAUACCACUUAAAUUCCAAGAAAACUAA